AUGGAGACCUUCAAGAAGUGGUCUGGACGGGGGCUGUACAGUCGGGUCCUUUGUCUUGCCCUUUAUGUGGACUUGAACGGUCCUGAGGCGAGCACUGAUCCUGACAGGCACAGCUCAGGGACACAAAGCCCGCGUCUCUCCUCCUUCGUGUUGCAUUCUGGGUAUUUAUGUAAAACCAACAUGGCGGCCGCCUGCACCAGAACGCUGUGUAAGGUCGGCUGGAGUAUCUUGGAGUCUCCCGCCGCCCGCAGGUCCGGUCCAGUGUCCUACCUGCUGGGGAAUGUGGGCGCACGGGGGUCCGGGAGGGCGUACGGUACCGGCGGGUCCGGGUUCCGGUCCAAACUGCUGUCCGGUGUGCGGGGAGGCAGGCUGCUGGGCUGCGCGGUCCUGCUCGGGGGGGGUUUGGGUUUGUACCAGACUGUGAAGUUCAGGGUCCAGCAGCACCUGGCCGAGGACGAGAGCAAGGUUUCAGGAAGAGGUCUGACUUUGACCCUGUACCAGUACAAGACCUGCCCGUUCUGCAGCAAGGUGCGCGCCUUUUUGGACUACCACGGGCUGCCGUACGAGACCGUGGAGGUGAACCCGGUGAUGAGGAAGGAGAUCAAGUGGUCGGCCUACAGAAAAGUUCCCAUCCUGAUGGUGGGCGGAGACGUGCAACUGAACGACUCGUCCGUCAUCAUCAGCUCCCUGAAGACGUAUUUAACUUCUAAAGAUAAAAGUAUGUCUGACAUCCUCCUCUGUUACCCGGAGGUCAAGUCUGAGAACGACAGCGGGAAGAAGGUGACCGAGUACUUCAACAAGUACUGGCUGAUGCUGAGCGAGGCGGAGAACGCCGCGCUCUACCCCGAGAAGGGGAUGCAGAAAGAGGAGAUGAAGUGGCGUCAGUGGGCCGAUGAUUGGCUCGUCCAUCUUAUAUCUCCAAACGUUUACCGGACCACCGACGAGGCCCUGGCCUCCUUCGACUACAUCGUCCGGGAGGGGAAGUUUGGUACCUACGAGGGUUUCUUUGCCAAAUACGUCGGAGCUGCGGCCAUGUUCAUCAUCUCCAAGCGGCUGAAAAGUCGAUACAACCUGCAGGACGACGUCCGGCAGGAUCUGUACAAAGCUGUGAACGACUGGGUGACGGCCAUCGGCAAGAAGAGGAAGUUUAUGGGAGGAGACAAUCCCAACCUGGCUGACCUGGCGGUGUUCGGCGUCCUCAGAGUGAUGGAGGGCCUGCAGGCGUUUGACGACAUGAUGGAGAACACCAAAGUCAAGCCCUGGUACAGACGCAUGGAGCGAGCGGCGCUCAACCACGAGGGACGCAAGUGAAGCCGCACUGACGUGGAAAACGGGUGAAGUGACCUUCAGCCUCAAAAAGACUUGAGUGACCAGCGACGAGAUGAGCGCUUUGAGAGCGCUCACUGCUGCUGUGGUCGACUUCCUGCAGAGAUCAAUGAACACGUACAGAAAUAUACCGUAACAACGUAUUUAAUAACAGGAGGAACCCUGAAAACCUGCUUUUCACGUUGUCAUUUGUACUGACCUCUAGUGGUGAACGGCUUGAACUACAACACACCUGCACAGAGCACCUGACAUGAUGCAUUUCUGUUAAUAUCCUGCAAAUAUGUUUCUUUAUGUUUGAUUAAAUGAAUGAUGAGAAAAGUC